UCUCCUUCUACCCUAAACGCCCCAUCCACCCCAUUUUUACGGAAACCGGAAACCUCGACGACAGGGGACAUCGCGACGGUUGCUCGUGGCGGAACCACCAGUCUCCAAAGACGAAGAGAGGUUCGUAAGACUGGCGAUUUUAGGUCAAAGCUGUGGAGAAAUGAUUGGUAUGCUCACCACCAUGGAAGAGGGCAGAAAAGCUGCGAGUCGCCUGUGCUCAAUCUGCAGUCAGAGGAGACCCGUCCUCAGAAGGCCUAAAACCCUAGAACAGAUUUGUAGAGAGUGCUUUUAUGCUGCAUUCGAGGAGGAGAUUCAUCGAGUUAUCAUGGAAAAUCAUUUGUUCAAGGCUGGUGAGCGGAUUGCAGUUGCUGCUUCUGGCGGUAAAGAUUCAACAGUUCUGGCCUAUGUGUUAUCGGAAUUAAAUCGUAGGCAUGACUAUGGACUUGAUCUCUUCCUUUUGUCGGUUGAUGAAGGCAUCACUGGUUACAGAGAUGAUUCGCUUGAAACAGUGAAAAGAAAUGAAAUUCAGUAUGGAUUGCCUUUGAAAGUAGUGUCAUACAAGGACUUAUAUGGUUGGACAAUGGAUGAAAUCGUAAAGGUGAUUGGACUAAAGAACAAUUGUACCUUUUGCGGUGUUUUCAGGCGCCAGGCAUUAGAUAGAGGAGCAGCCUUAUUGAAAGCAGACAAGCUUGUAACUGGUCAUAAUGCAGACGAUAUGGCAGAGACCGUCCUCUUAAACAUAUUGCGCGGUGACAUUGCACGAUUGAGUAGGUGCACAUUUAUAAUGACCGGUGAAGAUGGACCUAUUCCGAGAUGCAAGCCUUUCAAAUACGCUUAUGAGAAGGAGAUUGUUAUGUAUGCCUAUUUCAAAAAAUUGGACUACUUCUCAACUGAAUGCAUCUAUUCUCCAAAUGCAUAUCGUGGUUUUGCUCGUGAAUUUAUAAAAGAUUUGGAAAGAAUUAGGCCGCAAGCUAUUCUCGAUAUCAUCCGAUCGGGAGAAGAUUUCAGGAUAUCCACCACAACUAGAAUGCCAGAGCAGGGGACAUGUGAGCGUUGUGGCUAUAUUUCCAGCCAGAAAUUAUGCAAAGCGUGUGUAUUGUUAGAGGGCUUAAAUCGAGGCUUACCAAAGCUGGGGAUAAGCCGUGCCAGAGAGGCCAUUAAUGGAACUGGAAGGCUUGAAAGGGAAAGAAGGCAGCCAAAAGCAGAAGCUAAGAAGCCAAUUUUACAAAGCAAACCCUGUGGAAAUUUAGAGUUCUAAUCUUUGGAAGCGAGUAGUACUGCUGUGAGCCAU